UUUCCUCGUAUUUCUCCAGACAGACUGCAGUUCUUUGAAUAUGAGACUCUCACUAUAAGUUGUGAAGAGUUUGGAGGCUUGAGUGAAUGGAGAGUGAUGAAGAAGCUCAAAAUAACUCCAACAGAGUCUUACAACUGGAACUCAUCAGCAGCCUCCUGCACCAUUUAUCCUACCUUUAAAAGACACAGUGGAGAAUACUGGUGUGAAGAUGCAGAGGGAAACACAAGUGAUGUCCUCAACAUCUCCAUCACUGCUGGUUCAGUAAUCUUGGAGAGCCCUGUCCUGCCUGUGGAGGAGGGAGACAAUGUGACUCUGCACUGCAAAAAGAAGAAAAGUUCCUCUGACCUCAUAGCUGAUUUCUAUAAAGAUGGCCUCCACAUCAAGACUGGCUAUAAAGGAAGCAUGACCCUCUACAAUGUUUCCACAUCAGACGAAGGACUCUACAAGUGUAACAUCAUUGGAGCUGGACAAUCACCAGAGAGCCGACUGCUUGUCAGAGGUCAACAGUGUUUCAAAACCUGUAAAGGACUUUUUGAAGAGACUCAUCCUUCCCAUAGUCACUCCCUUAAUCUCCUCAUCAUGCUUUUACUGCUGCCCCUGCUGCUGUUGGUGUUGGGAGUAAUCCACUGCAGGAAACACAAAGAUAAAGUGGACAAAACCGAAGGAAGCACCGCCAGAGGAAAUGUGUCUUAUAGACCAUUGAGAGCAGAGACAUCGGACUGA